AUGGCGAAUGUGGAUCCGGUCCUGAUUGCCUGGGGUUCGAGUGAAGAGAUCAUGGUGCGAUUAUCCACCAAAGGCGGGUCAGUUUUGGUGCUUUCCGGUCCUUUGAACAGGGAUGCUGUGGUAGCCAAUGGCUGCUUGCUGGGACCUCUUAUGAAGCAAGUCGGUACUGAAGUCAGAACAGAGGCGUGGAUACUGAAACGCCUCGUGUCAAUUUUCUCCCGUGCGGCCAAGAGGCCGCAUACCCCGCGCAAUCCCCGAUUCCGCGAGAUCUUUGUCGCCGCUGGAAUAGAGUUGCCUCAGGGUGGAGAAGGAAGUGGCAGCGGCAGUGAUGGUGGGACUGAGUCUGACUCCUCAUCCAGCUCAGACAGCGGUGAUGAGGAUGCUGGUGUCGCACUUCGUGCUGCCAGUGUCUUGGGUGGCGGUGGUGACGCAGCAGCUAUGGAGGUGACGCAUGGCCGUGGUGAUGAGCAGGAAGAACGUAGCUCGGUCUCCGGCUCGACGACCUCGAGUGUCGUGGAUGCUGAGAUUGCAGCUGCAUUGCAGUUGGAAGAGGAAGAACUAGGCCUCCUUCUCCAGCUCGAGACAAAGGUCGCGGGAUCCAAGUGCAAGGAGAUGCCAGCGACGGAGCCUGAGCCGAUCAUGCAAGCGAAGCUGCACCAGGCUGCAGCCGAGCCUGUUGUGCCUGAUGCUUUGGGCUCUGAUGAUUUGGAUACAUGCCCGGUGGACAUCAUGGAAAUCGAUUUCCCGAUGGAUCCCAAGACUCCUGCACCUGCUGGACUGCCAGAGUGCCCCAUGGAUCCCAAGACUGUGGAGUUCGUAUCGCCGACACAACAAGUCAAAUUGUUGCAAGAGGCUGACAAGGCUGCCGGGGACAGCAAAGCCGAACCCGAGGAACCCUCCAAGCGCCGAGGUCGUGGACGGGGGCGUGGGCGGGGACGUGGGCGGGGGCGUGGGCGGGGAAGCUCUUCUCGCAAGGCUGCUGGACGUGGCAUGGGAAAGUCACGUGGCAGGGGGAACAAAAGCAAGCCAUCCGCAGAGGAGUCCGCCUGUGAGGAGGAUGAGCCGAUGAUGUCCGGGGAUGAGAUGGAUGAUGACUGUGACAACAAAACGGAGCAUUACGACGAGCAUGCCCGAGGCAGUGAUGAGCCAAUGCAUGAGGCAGCCCCCUGCAAGCCGAAGGCGAAGGGAAAGGCAAAGGCCAAAGCAAAAGCCAAGGCAGGCGCCACAGCAGCUGCAAAGGCAGACGAGGCCUGCAAGCGCAAGGCCCAGGUGAAAGCAAAGGCGAAGGCCAAAGGAAAAGCAAAGGCAGCCCCCAAGCCAGCAGCCAAGGCAGCAAGCAAUGAUCACGAUGACGAGGAGGGUGCAAAGAAGAGGGGGCAUGAUGAUGAUGAUGAUGAGAAGAAGAAAAAAAGCCGCAAAAGCUGUGCAUACCACUUGGCCCGUAGGUUGGCUUUGCAGGAGGGUAAAACCGAGGAGCAGGCCAAGUUGGCAGCCAAAGCAGUUCUUGGACUUGCAGUUAGUUAG